AUGGCGGAUGCGCCAAUUGGUAGGGUGAAGGAAACAGGCCAGACCGCAUAGCUCCGCUGAUGUACUUGGGCAGUGCUCGAUGGAGGAACCGGUUUCCUCAAGGCCGGAUACGCUGGCCAGGUGAGUGCGCAAUACGACUCUCGCAGUAUGGUCUCGAUCGCUAAAGGCAUGCGCGCAGAACUUCCCCGAUCACCAGUACCCUUCGAUCGUGGGUCGUCCCAUACUGCGGACGGAAGAGCAGGCACCGGGCGACAUACAAUUGAAGGAUAUAAUGUGCGGUGAUGAGGCGGCAGCAGCAAGAUCUAUGCUUCAAAUCACGUAUCCGGUAUGGACACUGAGGCUUCAACGCAAGAGGUUGUAGUUGAGCAGGACACUGACGGAGCAUUGGCACAGAUGGAAAAUGGAAUUGUGAAACGAUGGGACGAUAUGCAGCACCUCUGGGACUACACAUUCUUCGAGAAGAUGAAGAUUGAUCCAAGUGGCCGCAAGAUCCUCCUCACCGAACCGCCGAUGAAUCCGCUCAAGAACCGCGAACAGAUGUGUGAGGUUAUGUUUGAGCGCUACAACUUUGGUGGUGUAUACGUCGCCAUUCAAGCAGUCCUGGCUCUUUAUGCGCAAGGACUGUCCUCAGGCGUCGUGGUGGAUUCAGGAGACGGUGUGACACACAUUGUCCCGGUGUACGAGAGCACAGUGCUGAACCACCUUACCCGGAGACUGGAUGUCGCUGGACGAGACGUCACGCGGAACCUGAUCUCUCUUCUUCUGCGUCGAGGCUACGCACUCAACCGAACGGCUGACUUUGAGACUGUACGCGCGAUCAAGGAGAAGCUUUGCUAUGUCUCCUACGACCUCGCGCUUGACCAGCGACUAAGCGAGGACACAACUGUACUUGUCGAAUCCUACACUCUACCUGACGGUCGAGUGAUCCGAGUGGGCAGCGAGCGCUUCGAGGCACCAGAGUGUCUGUUUCAGCCUCAUCUAGUUGACGUGGAACAACCUGGCAUCGCUGAAUUCCUCUUCAACACCAUCCAAGCCGCCGACGUGGACAUCAGAUCAUCUCUCUACAAGGCAAUCGUGCUGUCUGGAGGAAGCAGCAUGUACCCCGGACUACCUUCACGCAUGGAGAAGGAGAUCAAGCAACUGUGGCUGACGAAGGUACUCAAUGGCAACCCAGAGCGACUCAACAAAUUCAAGGUCCGGAUAGAAGACCCACCUCGAAGAAGGCACAUGGUCUUCCUGGGAGGUGCCGUGCUUGCGAAUAUCAUGUCCAACAAUGAGCACAUGUGGGUCUCGAAGCAGGAGUGGCAAGAACAGGGAUCGAGGGCUUUGAGCAAGCUGGGUGCCAGUUGA